AUGGCCAUAGAAUCUCUGGGCCACUUUUGGCCGAUAAAAGUUUACGCGCAACUCCUUCCGACGGCGACCGAACGGCAGCGCCAUUCAAAAGAAGACUUCCAACGUGCAGAGAACGCUGGCCGGGCAAGUCUUCGGGGGCGCGCCCCACAGCCCGCGCCCCUCCAAACCCGGCUCGGAAGGAUGGAGGAGAACCCCGAGGGGGACCCCGAGGAGAACCCCGACGGCGAGCCGCUGACGAGCGAGGAUGACGAAGGCGCGAAGGCCGGGAGGGACUGGUGCCGGACGGACUGCGUGGAGCGGCCCCUCUCCCGCGCGCUCCGGCGCCUGGGGGGCUUGGUGGGCGCCCACCCCUGGCCCUUCCUCCUGCUGCCCGUGGCCCUCUCGGCCGCGCUGGGCGCCGGCUUCGCCCAACUGCCCAGCCGGGAGUCCAACGACAUCGAGGGGCAGUUCACGCCCCGCGGGGGGCCGGCCAAGACGGAGCGGCGCCUGGCGCAGGAGCGCUUCCCGACGGACGACGCGCGGCGCUUCUCCGCGCCCAGGCUGACCACCGAGGGGGCCUUCGUGGCCUUCGUGGUCCUCGCCCACGAGCCGGACCGCACGCUCCUCACCCGGGCCGCCUUCGGCGAGCUGCUGGCGCUGGACGCCGCCGUGCGAGGCUUCCGCGCCGACGGGCUGGCCUACGCGCAGGUGUGCGCCCGCAUCGACGGCACCUGCAGCAGCCCCAACCCGCUGCUGAGCGCCGUCGGCAACGACUCGGCGCGGAUCGAGGCGCUGCUGCCCAACCUCACCUUCCCGGUCUGGCAAAUGCGUGACUUCCUGGGAACCUUCCUGGGGGGCGUCACGGUGGACCCUGGGCCGGCGGAAGACCGGAGCCGCCCCCUCCGGGGGGCCAAAGCUCUGAGCCUCUUCUAUUACCUGCAGGAGGACGAUCCCGCGCGGCGCGAAGCCAGCUUGAAGUGGCUGGGGGCCUUCCUGCAGCGCAUCCCCGACGAGCUGGCCUCCUCGAACCUCACCUCGGUGCGGGUGGCCUAUUAUACCUCCAUAUCCAGACAGGAAGAGUUUGAAAAAAGUAGCAAGGAAGUGGUCCCUCUGUUUUCCAUCACAUAUUUUUUAAUAAUAUUCUUUGCAAUUAAUUCAUGCGCAAGACUAGACUGUGUACGAACAAAAGUGUGGGCUGCAGCGUUUGGCGUGUUGUCGUCAGGCUUGGCUGUUCUCAGCAGCUUUGGACUGUUGCUCUUCUGUGGGGUCCCGUUUGUCAUUACAGUCGCAAAUGCACCGUUUCUUAUACUUGGGGUUGGUGUUGAUGACAUGUUCAUCAUGGUGUCCUGCUGGCAAAAGACUAAGGUCAAGGACACAGUCCAGGAUCGGAUGGCUGACACCUAUGCAGAGGCGGCGGUGUCUGUUACCAUCACAACUCUUACUGACGUUUUAGCCUUCUACAUUGGCAUUGCGACGGCCUUCCCAUCGAUUCAGUCGUUUUGCAUCUACACAGGAACGGCCUUCAUCUUCUGCUACAUAUACAACUUGACCUUCUUUGGGGCAAUCCUUGCUCUAAACGGUAGAAGAGAAGAAAGCAAUAGACAUUGGCUCACAUUCAUGAAAGUGCCAAAUGAAACUGACGAGUCUCGUGGUUCUGCUUACAACAUGUGCUGUGUGGGAGGAUCUUAUGAUGAGUCCACCGGGGCAGAGUUUGAGCAUCCUAUGAAUGAAUUCUUUAGAACGUAUUUUGGUCCUUUUCUAAUGUAUCGCUGGACUAAGCUCUUUGUGGUAGUCCUGUAUAUUGGGUACUUAGGUAGUAGUAUUUAUGGGUGUACUCAGGUUGAGGAAGGUAUAGAUCUUCGGAAUCUAGCGAAUGAUAAUUCUUACAUUGUUCAGUACUAUAACUGGUACGAGGGGUAUUUUAAAGAGUAUGGUCCAAGGGUGAUGGUCGUUGUUACUGAAAGCAUAGCAUAUUGGAAUCCAGGUGUUCGUGCAGAUAUUGAGAACUGCAUGGAGUGGAUAGAAAGCUUGGCUUAUGUUGAUAAGUAUUUAACAGAGUCAUGGUUGAAACUGUAUAUAAUGAUUGCUGAAAGAAUGUCUCUAGAUAUAGGUGAUAGCAGUUCUUUCAUUGCUAAUUUGCCUACCCUGUUCCAAAUUAAUCCAGAGGCUCGGUGGGAUGUUAAUUUUACUAACCAGGAAAUAUCAGCUUCCCGUUUUUUCAUACAGACAGUCAACGUCAUUACUGCAAUUGAUGAGCAAAAUCUUUUAGACGAACUGAGAAGCCUUACAACAGAAUGUCACAUACCAAUAAUAUUUUACCAUCCUGCUUUUAUAUACUUUGAUCAGUACCUUGUGAUAGCUCGGAAUACCAUUCAAAACGUUCUGAUUGCUGCUGGAGCCAUGUUAAUAAUUUCCUUGCUGCUCAUUCCCAAUCCUUUGUGCUCAUUGUGGGUAACUUUUGCCAUUGCCUCUGUUAUUGUCGGUGUGACUGGCUUCAUGGCCUUUUGGAAUGUCCAUCUUGACUCCAUAUCCAUGAUCAACCUCGUUAUUUGCAUAGGGUUUUCGGUGGACUUCUCUGCUCAUAUUUCUUAUGCAUUUGUUUCUAGUGAGAAACCCAAUGUGAAUGACAAGGCAGUGGAUGCUCUGUACCACCUUGGGUACCCUGUUGUCCAGGGAGCUGUUUCCACCAUUGUGGGAGUAGUGGUGCUCUCCAUGGCACCCACUUACAUUUUCAGAACAUUUUUUAAGAUAAUGUUCUUGGUUAUUUUGUUUGGAGCUGCUCAUGGUCUCAUUUUUAUUCCUGUGUUUCUAACCUUCUUUGGCUUUUGUGGAAGACUUUAA